GCUUUUAUCCUUCAUAUUAUUUUCUGCCUCGUAACAUGUCUGUCUCAUCUGCAUCACCCACGUUCUUACUCUGAUACCCAACCACUGAGUAUUGGAACCAGGCUAUGUCGCUUGCUUCCGGUAAUUAUAUUGAUGCGUUGCUCUAUCCCUUCAUUGACUGAGCAGCACCAUCAGUCUGAAACUUCAAACAGUCUCUGCCAGUAGGUUGAAUAAUCAAAAUUUGUGUUCGAAUCAGUCUGCAACUUCAAAACUAGCACUGCCGGUCAUAUCAAAAUUUUACUACAUAAUUUGAAGGCAAUUUGGGUAGCAACAACUUAACUCAACUCAAUAAUUCGGUAAUUCUUUUAGGCGCGCAUUGCCAUGUGGCAGAGCAGUUACAAGCAACAGCUCAACAAGUUCUCAUCAAUUCAACUAGCUCAAAAUUCUUUCGUGUUAAAGACGAACUUCAACAGAAUUCAACAAGUUAAGUUCUCAUCGCAUUCUCAAGGUAGCUCUUCAAUGGCGAUUGUUUACUGAUUCUUCUUCUCGGAUCCUCAAUGGCGAUCGUUUACUGAGCCAACCGCAUAAAUCAUCGAAUUCGUUUCUCUUCGCGACUUGCAGGUUUGUAUCAAGUCCUAAACAUAAGGGAAGGUUGAUUCAUUUUAACUGUUCUGGACAGUGUUUAAACUGCUAGACGUCAACGAUAAUCUGAAAGUCAUAAGAUGAAUGACUGUAUGAGUUUAGAUACUGUUUUUCACAUCGAAGAUGAGGUAAAAAGGUUGCUUAAAGAGAUAGACCUGAUGAAAAGGAAUGUUCAGAACUCUAACUUCUAUGCUAAAAUGGUCUUGGGUCUCAAGAAAAUCAGCCCUCAUUUGAGUGACCUUCCAGUAGGCCCCAAUUCAAAAGCUAAGGUGGUGAUUUAUGGUUUGGGAAGCAUUGAAUUUAAUUACAAUUCACAAGUUCAGCUUGCCUUAUUUCUCCUACUAAAAGAUCGUGUUGAUUGGAUGGGCGAUAUAGAGAUCUAUGAUCCUGUGAUGUCUACCGUUGAUAUGAAAGUUUUUGGGAUAUUCGGUCUUAAGGCUCUUCACAAUGAUGAAAAUGGUAGGAGGAAAGCUCAGGGACCAACUAUGUUCUACAUGCCUACUCCUAGUUAUUUUCUUCUUGGCAACAUAUUGGAAGCAAACUGGUCUUCAUCUUCUCUUGAGCAGAUUUUUCUGCUGACAAACUCAUUGGAGGCUAUGGAAGAGGUCCUACCGUCUUAUGAUCAGUUUACUGUGGCAACAAGGAUACGCUUAUCGAUAACUCAUCUGUUCAGAAAAGAGAUUCCCAUACCAGAAUCUAGCGACUGUCAGAUGUAUCCUAGUUUGUUCCUUGGAUUUGGCUGGCAUUUCUUUAAAGGGGUCAAGAAUUUACCAGUAUGUAUCUGGUUAUACAGGCAGAGGUAUUUUGAAAUGGUCAUUAAGCAUGAUUUAAAAAGCAAGAAGAUUAGCAAGGAGUUUAAAGAAAACUUGGCUUUUAUACGUUACCCUCGUGACUUCAGAAUGUGCGCAUUGCCUCAUCAGGUUGGUUGGUUUAAGCUAAACAUCUAUGGUAUUGGCAGAAAAGAGGGUGAGCUUGGACGAUAUGGUGGCGUGUUCAAAGAUGAAGGCGGAAAUUGCUUAACUAAAUACUGUUAUAAGUUUGAAUCUAAUUUUGAAGAUGAUGUGAUAGCUGAACUGGCUAGCUUGAAAUAUGGAUUGACUUUACUGAAACCAGAGAGGUUGAUAGUGGAGUCCGAUAACAUAAUGUUGGUCCACUAUGUUAAUGGUCGCCUUAAGCCAAAUGAAAUAGUCAAAGUGAAAUUGGAAGAAAUUUUCGAGCUUCUGACGGGUAUAACUUACGUUGUAUACUAUGUCUAUGAAGAAGCCAAUAAAGUGGCUAGAGAAUGGGGGCUCUGAACAAUGAUGGAGGUGACUUGGAACAUGAUGACAAGUUCAUAGGUACAAGAUGGAGGCUGAUUUUGUGUUGUAUAUACACUAUGAUCUACUUGCAAGUGUAUAACAAUACACUAUGUAAACAAAACAUUAUGCAAUACAUUAGCCUCAUGUUUCUCGUGA